UCUAGUAUUCCGUAGUUAAUUUUUAAACCAAGAUUUGAUUUGAUUCCGAGAAAUAACAAGAAAUAUAAUUAUUAGAUUCUACAAAUUCCACAAAUUCCUCCGUCUUUUACAGAGAUUGUCAUCUUCCUUCCCCUUACUGUUUCUCGGUCUAUAUUUUGUCUAUAUUUUUUCCACUUUUUUCAAAAUUAAUCUUCAAAUUCGAUCUUUGUAGAUAAAACCCGUGCAAUCAGAUCCGAAACUCGUAUACAAGCAAUUUGGCUUUAUGGAUAAUAAUGCUGGAUGUUGUUCUACUCAACUGAUCGAUGGAGAUGGUAUCUUCAAUGUUUCUGGGCUCGAAGGUUUUAUGAAAGAAGUGAAAUUGGCAGAAUGUGGACUUUCAUACGCCGUAGUCUCUAUCAUGGGUCCACAAAGCAGUGGAAAAAGUACACUAUUAAAUCAUCUGUUUGGAACAAACUUCAGGGAGAUGGAUGCAUUUAAAGGAAGGUCUCAAACAACAAAAGGGAUUUGGCUAGCAAACUGUGUCGGCAUUGAGCCCUGCUCUCUAGUUAUGGAUUUGGAGGGUACUGAUGGUAGAGAAAGAGGAGAGGAUGAUACCGCUUUUGAGAAACAAAGUGCUCUCUUUGCCCUUGCUGUUUCCGAUAUAGUACUUAUAAACAUGUGGUGCCAUGACAUUGGCCGUGAGCAGGCUGCAAAUAAACCUCUUCUGAAGACUGUAUUUCAAGUUAUGAUGCGGUUGUUUAGCCCUCGUAAAACAACUCUGAUGUUUGUGAUACGUGAUAAAACAAGGACACCCCUUGAAAACCUAGAACCAGUUCUACGUGAGGAUAUUCAAAAGAUAUGGGAUUCUGUCCCUAAGCCACAAGCUCAUAGAGAGACUCCCUUGAGUGAAUUUUUCAAUGUUGAGGUUGUUGCUCUUUCUAGUUAUGAAGAGAAGGAAGAGCAAUUUAGAGAACAGGUUGCUAGUUUGAGACAACGGUUCAACCACUCUAUUGCUCCUGGUGGUCUUGCUGGAGAUCGCCGGGGAGUUGUGCCUGCUUCAGGGUUUUCUUUCAGUGCACAACAGAUAUGGAAAGUUAUUAAAGAGAACAGGGACCUUGACCUUCCUGCGCAUAAAGUUAUGGUGGCAACUGUUCGUUGUGAAGAAAUUGCCAAUGAAAGAUAUAGUGACUUUACCCAAAAUGAGGAAUGGCUUCAGCUCGAGGAGGCCUCACAAUCUGGCCCUGUUGCUGGGUUUGGGAAGAAGCUCAGUUCUAUUCUUGAGAAGUGCUUUUUCCAGUACGACUCAGAGGCUGUAUAUUUUGAUGAGGGUGUCAGAUCAUCCAAGAGGAAACAUCUUGAAGAUAAAUUACUGCAACUUGUUCAACCGGCUUUCCUUUCAAUUUUGGGACAUUUACGUUCUGGAACAGUACAGAAGUUUAAGGAAGCAUUUGACAAAGCUUUAAAUAGCGGGGAAGGAUUUUCUGUUGCUUCCCAGAAAUGCAAACAGACCUUCGUGAAUCUUUUUGAUCAAGGAUGUGCAGAUGCUGUGAUUGAACAAGCAAACUGGGAUACAUCUAAAACGAGGUCCAAGCUUAUACGUGAUUUAGAUGAAUAUAUUGCUUCAGUUCGUGAUGCCAAAUUGGCUGAACUUACUUCUAGUUAUGAGGCAAAAUUAAAUGAGGCUCUUGUAGGGCCAGUUGAGGCACUUUUGGAUGGUGCAAAUGAUGAGACCUGGCCAUCAAUAAGAAAACUUCUUCGACGUGAGACCCAGUCAGCCGUUUCUGGGCUUGCUAAUGAUCUUUCUGGUUUUGACUUGGAUGAUGAAACCCGUCAAAAAAUGCUAGGGAGGAUAGAGAAUUAUGCAAGAGGUGUUGUUGAAGGAAAAGCCAAGGAAGAAGCUGGAAAGAUUUUGAUCCGGAUGAAGGAUAGGUUUACAAUUUUGUUUAGUCAUGAUGCCGAUUCUAUGCCUCGGGUUUGGACUGGGAAGGAGGAUAUAAAGUCAAUCACAAAAGUAGCUCGUUCUGGGUCCCUCAAAUUGCUUUCUGUGCUAGCUGCAAUUCGUUUGCAUGAUGAAUCUGACGAUAUUGACAAAACUUUAUCCCUUGCUUUAGUGGAGAAAAAGAGCAACACUAAUGACCAGAGUGUUUCAUUAUCUGAUCCGCUAGCAACAAGUACCUGGGAGAAGGUUCCAUCAUCAAAGACAUUGAUAACCCCAGUUCAGUGCAAAUCAUUGUGGAGGCAGUUUCAGAUGGAGACCGAAUAUACUGUUAGUCAGGCUAUUGCUGCUCAGGAAGCGAGCAGGCGUAGUAACAAUUGGUUGCCACCUCCAUGGGCAAUCGCUGCAAUGCUAAUUCUAGGUUUUAACGAGUUCAUGACUCUUUUAAGGAACCCUCUUUAUUUUGCCGUCCUCUUUGUCGGAUUUCUAGUAAGCAAAGCAUUGUGGGUGCAGAUGGAUAUAUCUAAUGAAUUCCGUCAUGGCUUUUUACCUGGAUUCCUGUCCAUGUCAACCAGAAUUGUACCUACUGUUAUGGCCAUGCUCAAAAACCUUGCUGAGCAGGGAAACAGACCACCCACAACUGCUGGUGCCCACGCAAAUCCACCUCCACUUGCUGCUAACAGCUACAAAGUCAGUGUGAGUUCUGGCCUAUCGUCGACCGGUUCUUCUCAUAUAACAUCAAAUGAAAAUGGAAGGGAGCAUUCAAGUUCUUCAAAGGAUGAUUAGGUGGUUGAAUUUGAUUGCAUAAAAGAGUCCUCCAAGACUGAUUAUACCCUACAAGUUGCGUCGGGUCGGGUCGCAUCAUCGUCAAGGAAUGCACACAUGAAUUUUGCCUAUUAAUUCAACUGUUGUAGAAAGAAGAAUUAAGGACGGAUAGAUGAUUGGUGGGAAGACAUCAAUUUUUGUCAACAUACCACAUGCAAGGCUCGGGUUCUCUUAUUGAGAACCCUUCCUCGCUUUUUAGAUAGUUUUCUUGUUAUUUUACUCAUACUCUUCUCCCUUAUUCCUUUCUUCCCGCGUGUUGAUGAGCAUAUUUGUACGUGAAAGUCUCGCAGUUUCAGAAGUUCCAUUGUAUCUUUUACAUAAACAUUCUAUCCUUUUAGUCGAGAAUGAUGAGCAUAAUAUAUGAGUGAGUAGACUGGUGAUUGGUAAAUGAGAACCCUUUGAGGUUUUUAUGCUUCAUUGCAUUAAAUUGAAAUGAAAAAGUUCUACUACAAUCUUAUUUCAAAA